GUUCAGCAUCUCUGGGGCAGCUGCUUCCCACCCUGCAGCUGCCUCCCCAGUGCUGCGGUGUGCAUCUUCCCUAGCGUGCAUCCUCCCCAUCGCUGCCUGUGGCUGCUUGCCUCUCUUUUUUUUUUAAUUUUUAGCUGUUUCUUUCCCGGCUUCCCCCUGUGCUGCAGGCUGGGAAUGGUACGGUCCUCCCUCCAGCUCCCGUUGCUCCGUGGAUAUUGCUAGAAGGUGAAGGCAUCAGCGCACGCUGCGGAGGCUGCAGCGGCUGCAGCCAGCCCCGAGACACCCGGGAGAGGAGGCAGAAGGGACUCGGCGUGGAGGCUCCUGCUCAUCUACGGCCUUCUCCUUCUGCCAGCCUCACGCAGGGGCUGCCUGCAAUCUUAGCAAGACACCAUGACCCAGGGCAAGCUGUCUGUGAACAACAAGCCCCCCAACCCUGAGGGGCAAGGGGAGAAGAAGGACAAUGCCACGGCUCCACCAGCCCCUCCAACCUACGAGGAGGCGACAGCAGGAGAGGGGAUGAAGGCCAGCGCUUACCCUCCUCCCCCAUCAGUCCCGCUCCACCCCAGCUGGGCUUACGUCGACCCCAGCACAAGCCCCAGCUAUGGCAGCAGUGGGUACCCCGGGGACACGGAGAUGCUCACGACCUUCAGCUGGGAUGACAGGAACGUGCGCAGGGUGUUCAUCAGGAAGGUUUAUGCCAUCCUGAUGGUCCAGCUCUUGGUGACUCUCGUUAUUGUGGCUUUCUUCACCUUCUGCGAACCGGUCAAGGGGUACAUUCAGACACAUUCUGCUUGGUACUGGGCUUCCUAUGCUGUUUUCUUUGUGACCUACUUGAUUCUUGCUUGCUGCUCUGGACCCAGGAGGUAUUUCCCAUGGAAUCUGAUCCUGCUGAGCAUCUUUACCCUCUCCAUGGCUUAUCUCACUGGGAUGCUUUCCAGUUAUUACAAUACCAAGUCGGUCCUUCUGUGCCUGGGGAUCACGGCCCUGGUGUGUCUGUCUGUCACCAUCUUCAGCUUCCAGACCAAGUUUGACUUCACCUCCUACCAGGGUGUCCUCUUCGUGAUGCUCAUGGUGCUCUUCUUUGGUGGCAUCAUUCUGGCUGUGAUACUGCCCUACCAAUAUGUUCCCUGGCUCCACGCGAUCUAUGCUCUGCUGGGUGCCGUUAUCUUUACUAUGUUCCUGGCUUUUGAUACCCAGAUGCUGAUGGGGAAUCGUCGGUACUCACUGAGUCCAGAAGAAUACAUCUUUGGAGCUCUCAAUAUCUACCUGGACAUCAUCUACAUCUUCUCCUUCUUCCUCCAGUUCUUUGGCUCCAGCCAGGAGUGAGUGCAGCAAGGCAGUAUCUUCUCUUUGCUGGCAAGAUGCAGAUGUUUAAAAAAAAUAUUAAAAGCAAAAGAGGGUUUAAAAACAAAACCAACAACAAACCGCCCUUUCUGGCCCACUAGCAGGCUCCAUUCUAUCAGCCGAGCAAAGCCCCUGGGUUCCUUUAUGCAGCUUGUAUAUAUGCUGUUAAGCCUUUGUGACCCAGACAGCAAAGCAGGGCUUAAGUGUUACGUCUGUCCUGCUCCCUCCACUCCUACUGAGAUCAAACCAGACCAGAGACUGGGAGGCAUGAGACCAGGAUCUUCUCUUCCCCAGAGGCUGUCAGAGUUGCCUGUGUCCUGCACAUCAUGGGAUGCUGAAUCGCUGUGAACAGCUCUGCAAAGGGAAAAUAAUAUUGAGGGAGGAGAGGUAGGGAAUUUUACUAGGAUGCUGGCAGGAAAACCUGAAUGAAGGAAAAAAGCUAGGGGACCCCUGUUUCUCACCUGCAUUCAUUCAGAGCCUCACGGCCUCUGCAGAAAAAUGUUCCAAAUACUGCCUGCUUCUAGAAAGGCAGUGCAUGGGAGCACAUAGUCUGGGUGUCCCAGCAACCAGUCCUUCAGGCACAAGGGAACCUGUUGUUCAGGAUGUUUAGCCUUUUUGAGGACAUCCCUAAUGUCCUGCAGAAAUAAUUCUUCUGCAUCCUUUGCAGCUGGCUGUGGGGCUGAGGUUGCACUUUUUUCCUUCCCAGAGUGGGUCAGCAGGAUCAUUGGCUGUGGGCUCACCUCCCCAGCCCAGGAAAUGUGAAUGUCAUUGUCCUGAAUUGUGGCUCUUCACCUGGGAGGGUUGGGAUCCCACAUGAGGAUUAUUGGCAGGGAAUGGCAGAGAACAGAGGAAAGAUGCUGAGUGUCAGCCCGUGCAGGGCUAGGCACAUCCUGAUGUGGGAAGUGGGCGGCUGAGAUCCUGUGAUCCAUCCUAAGGAUCUGAUGCCUUCACAAGUGUCUUGGUUGCUAGAGAUUAAUGGUCUUAAGUGGUUAUUACCCAGAGACUGAGGCCAGGGUGCUUGCCUGUCGCUCAAAAUGGGCACGUCUUUGUAGCAAACACCAGUGUCGCCUCUUCCUCUUGCUCUAGCCAUUUUCUGGCUUUGCUCCCCCAAGCAGGGAUGUCGAGGAAGGCAGUGGAUGCCUCAGAGCGUGCAGGUAACUUUCCAUCUUCCCCUUGCUCACAUUCCCCUGUUUGGGGAUCAGCUGGCUAAUUUCUAACUGUAAAGCUCCAGGUGGAGAUAAGAGGCCUUUUGCUCUUAUUUAGAAAGCGAUCCUUCCUGCUGAUAGAAAGCCGUAUCUUCAAUCUCCCUGGAAUGCCGGUGCAAAUGCGUCACUGAGCUGCCUCUAGCAAUCCCCGCGUGUUAGAGAAAGGCUAUGCCAAAAUGCUCCAUACUGCACAUUCCUCCUCUGCUGCUGCCCUGCCUGUUACCCCUCACAUGUUGCAUCCUCCCGCUGCACGUGCUCAAUGCCCUGAGCUGGGCAGAGGAAAAGGAAAGUUACUGUGCAAAGAAUAAAUAAAACAUGCUUCAGCCCCUCAGC